AUGUCUUUCACAAACUUUCUUCUUCUCCUUCUUGGAGCGGUGGUUCUUCUCGCUGCUCCAUCCGAACCCUCCGACCUCCUUCCCGAUGGCAAGCCUUACAAACCACCUUACAAGCCACCCUACAAGCCCCCACCUCAUAAGGGAUACCCUCCCGUUGAGGAAGCGGAAGUCGACGGCUACAAGCCGCCCUACAAGCCCCCCUACAAGCCGCCUCAUAAGAAACAUCCCCCCGCUGAGGAAGCCGAAGUCGAAGUGGAUGGCCACAAGCCACCUUACUACAAGCCUCCUUACUACAAGCCGCCUUACCACAAGCCACCUUACUACAAGCCGCCUUACCACAAGCCACCUUACUACAAGCCGCCUUACCACAAGCCACCUCCUGCUGAAGAAGCCGAAGUCGAAGUCGAUGGCCACAAGCCACCUUAUUACAAGCCGCCUUACCACAAGCCACCUUACCACAAGCCGCCUUACCACAAGCCGCCCACGGCUAACUGA